CUUGGUUUUCGAUCAAUUGUGUUGACUGUUAGUUCGUUGCUCGUUUGGUGUUGAGUCCUAAACUGAACGAAAGUUGAAUUAUUUACAUUAAAGUGUGUGAAUUGUUUCAUUUAUGAAAUCGAAUAAUUCAUUACAUAAUUAGUGUGUGUCAGCAGUUGGAGAAGCUUGGGAAAUAGCAGGCUACAGUCGUCACAGCCGACAUUUAUGGAUAGAUGACAACUACUGAUAUAGAGCUGGAUCCAGCAAUGAGUUUGUAAUGAGUUGUGAUUGGCCAGUAAUGAGUAUGAUUCAAUUCGAAUUCAUAGUAAUUAUUUGAUAAGAUACACAUAUCGCACAAGCGUUUGGCGAUGAACAUUAUCAACUAGAGACCUUACACCUAUUCAAACAAAAUGUUCAACAUUGAGUUUCUGUGUUUCGUUAGUUGGUGUUGGAAAUAUUCAUGAGUUUUGAGUUUUAUUGUUACAAAUUCAAAAAACACAUUAGAGAAUACAAUAGUGGCUAUAAAGACUAUAUUAUAUCGAUCAUCAGUCUAAACAGUUCUUUGGUAAAGUAGUGUCCAGUUUCAAUUUUGUAAUUAUUGAAACAAAGAAGAUAAUCGCACAGAAUGGAGGACGUUGAAUUUUUCGACGUUCCCGGUUUGGAGGAUGAUGACGUUCUGGGAGGUAAUUGCUCUGUGAUUUUUGUCAGUAGCAUUCAAGAAUUGACCGAGUGUAAAGAAGAGAUCGACGAAGAAAUUGACAACCAGUUGACGGAAGUGGAAGAAUUGGAAGGUGUGUUUGAAGGAGAGAAGAAAAAGAAGAAAAUUAAGACAGCACCCAUGUGCAAAAUUUGUAACAAGACCUUCUUGAAGGCGAAAGGCUUCAGCAAGCAUAUGCGAACCAUACAUAAUAUAACUGUGAAAAAACCGAAAUUGACACCAGAAGAUUCGAUUUGUAAGAUUUGUAAUAAACAGUUUUUCAGCAAGAGUAACUUGAACGCGCACGUGAGGAUCAUCCAUAACCCGGAAGGUAAGGAGCCUCAGCACAAGUGUACGUACUGUGAUUAUAAGAGUCUUUCCAAAUCGUUGUUCCAACGUCACCUGGUGCGGAGACAUCUAGCGCCUUCAAACAGAGUGAAGAAAAGUCAAGGAGAGGAGCAACGCGACUGGCCGUGCGAGACUUGCGGAAAAAUGUUCCACACGAGGGCCAAUUGGAGGGCACACGUCAAACACGUGCACUUCCCCACCGAGUUCUUCCAGUGCGACCAUUGUGGGUACGCGACCUCGCGGAAGGCCAGCUUCCAGAAGCACAUGGUUCGCCGCCACCUGAGCAAGACCAAGGAGCGGCCCUACGUGUGCAACGAGUGUCCGAUGGCGGCCUUCACCACCCGCGAGUGCCUCAAGCGGCACAAAAUCAAAGUGCACAACAUGGUGUACCAGUCCAAGUACAAGAAACAGUGUCCGCACUGCUCGUUCACGUCGACCAAGCUCUACCGCGAUGAGAUCGUCGCUCACCUCAUAGAUGUGCACCACGAGCCGUUGACUUUCGAGAAGCUGAUCUUUGACGACAUAGAGUCGGUGAGGAAGUGGAAGUCGGACAUAGAGGCGAAGACCAACUCGUACUACAAAGGUGACGUGACAGUGGAGCGCACACUGUGGCACAACUGCAAUCGCAGUGGCUACUUCGACGUGAGCCGGCAGGCCAAGUUGUCCGAAAUAUGCAGCACAAUCAAGAUCAACGCAUUCUGUCCGGCGGCCAUACACGUGCGGGUGAUCGAUGGCGGCCAAGUGGAGGUGGAGUACUGGCCUGUGCAUGUCGGCCACUCCACCGACCAGCACAAGAAGACGUUCCUCAAGUCGACCAACGUCGAGGUCAACCCACCGGCCAAGUCGAGACGGUCGAGGCAGACCGAGUCUGCUCAGCGAGCCACUCGACGAUCGGCUCGUCAAUCCGCUCGCAGCCGAAUCUCGUUCGCCGACCUCGAGGCUGACAGCGACGUCUCCUUGGAUGAUCCAGUUGACACCGACGAGAUUGUCACCUGUGAAGACUACACGUUGAACCUCUACUAUCGGCAACCAGUCAUCAAGGUUGAGCGGAACCAGUUAAUUGAAACGAUGGUUGAAAACGAGAUUAAACAGGAACGGUUAAGUGAAAGCGAGGCCGAGGAAGAACAGUUAAAUGAGACCGAAACAGUUGAACCGGUUAUCGUUGACAAAAAGUAUCGAAUAAGGUACAAAUGUACCGACUGCGAGUACAGCUCGACCAAAAAAAGCAGCUGUUCCGCACAUAUUCGUAUACGGCAUACGGCGGUGAAAAGCCUGGGAAAUCCGGGAGAUGGGCUGCCGACCUCGAUCCUGGGAAAACGUGCGUUUUCCUGCGACCAGUGUCCCAAAACGGUGCGCUCUCUCUCACACUUGCAGGCGCACAAGGUGUGUGAACACCAUCACCCUUCCAACAACGAUCCGAUCCUGGAUACUGAGACAACAGGAGGAAACAUCAGUGCUAUUCAAACCAUCACAAUGAACAGUGAAGAUUACAAAAGGCUUUUUGAAGUGAGUGCAUCGAAAACUGUUACGAAUGAUUCUAACGCUAUUAGAAUCACUGAAGAAGAUUACAAUAAACUUUUCAAAACUGAGUGUGGAGAGAUAAGCGGAUCUAAAACUAUUACAAUUUUUAAAGAGGAUUUUAAAAAGCUUGCUGAAACCGAUGGACAGAUAGGCGGAUCUAAAACUGAUACAAGUGACGUAGAAGUUUCUUCUGAAAUAAGUGAACAAACAUGUGGAUCUACAACCACCACAAAUGAUGUACAAGUUUCUGAAAUGAGUGACCAGCCAAGUGGAUCUAAACCUGUUUCAAUUAUCAAAGAAACCCGCGAACCGACUUGGAUUAAAGCUCUGAAAAACAGCUCCACAACUAGUAUGCUUCAUUACAAGCGAGCCAAGGUUGUCAGCAAAGACCUCCCCAACUUGGACAGAGACGAUCACAUGUUUAUUUACAUGAGCAGGGCACAGAAGGACAGGCUCAACGUUUUCGGCAACAAAACUGUUUUCGUCGACAAAGCCUACGACAUCAAAGCAGAUGGCAACCUACAUCUGUACACACUGUUGGUGGUUGGUGAGUGUAAGAACGUUUACCCGGCUGUGUUCAUGUUCACAAACAGACGCGACGAACAAGUUCUCAGUUACAUGUUUGACAAACUUAGAGACAACUUAGGAAAAAGGAUGGUUCCUGAAACGUUCAUGUCGGACAUGGAUGAUACUGUGUACUCAAUUUGGAAGGAGGUUAUGGGGCCAGCCAAGUCACAUGCGUAUUCUUGGUUGCAUGUGUUGAAAUGUUGGAACACAAAACUUGUGGAACUGGUGGAUGCCGAUAGGAGGGACGAGGUGUUUGGUAUUUUGAGUCAGUUUUUGUGUGAAGCAAAUAAGGACACCUUCCACUUAAUGUUGCACAAGGUGAGGAAGAGCUGUAUGUUCGACAACGAGGAGUUCUACAAGUAUUUCAGAGUGAACUUUCUGGACAGGUACCGUUAUAAGAAGUGGGCCCGCUGUUAUACAACUGGUGAGCUUGACUUUUCGUGGGAGACUUUUGUGAGGGUCUUGAAACAGUGCUACCUGCAAGCGAUGGAGUGUGAGGGUGACGUUAUGCGCCUGAUCCUGGGAAUGUUCACAGACAAGCUGUGCGAUUGGUCGAGAGAGUCCAAGAGGAAGGUAGCCAGGAAAGUGGCCAUCAUCGGAAAGAAACACAGAACGUCGUUGGGGAUGUCGCGGUCUAGACUGCGCAAAGUGAACAACUGUUCGUGGGUGGUUCUGGCGUCGCCGACCAACGAACAGAUGUAUCUGGUGAGGAAAGUCGGCACUUGUUCCACGUGUGAGCUGGUUUGCGAGCAGUGCGACUCAUGCAUGCAUGAGUACAUGUGCUCGUGUCGCCAUAGCGCCAUGCGCUACAACAUGUGUGUCCACAUACACCUGGUGGCCAGAGAUCUGUUGAAGUCGGAGGGAGACGAUACGGAAGAGGAGUGUGUUGACUCCAUGGAAGAAGAUGAGGAGGAAGAGGAGGAGGAUGACGAAGAGGAAGAUGAGGAGGAAACGGGAGAUCUAGCGGCACAAUAUGACGGUGUCGUCAUUGAAGGGAAUGAGGACGCCCCCGAUGAAACUAAUAACUCUGGAAUGCUAGAGAUUCUGGAGGAAUGGAGUGAUGGGGAGGUACUCCCUAAUGAAACAUAUGAAGACAAGUUUCCAGAUCUUGUACUGCUUGAAGACGACGAGCAGCAACCUGCGCCCAAAUCAACACGAAAGAAACCUCCAACAAAAUUUAGAAGAAAGACGGUGAGGGCGGAUGAAGUGCUACUGGAUAGGGAGCGACCGUCAAAGUCGGCGGAUGAACUUGUGAAGAAAAGUAGUUCCCCUUCAAAAAAUUGUGAAACUGAUGGGAGUAAGUGUGUUAAAGAAAUGAUCACAUCGGAUGAUGAUGACGACGAUUCGUCGAGUUUUAGAGGUUUUGAUGACUCAGAAUUGGAUUUGAAAUGUGGUGCUGGUAGAAAAGUAGUUUCUGGUCGAGCUGGAUCGUCUAAAACAGUUGGUGAAAUGAGAAGUGAACGGGCUCUGCUGGCGGAUCUGUUGAGUGAUGAGGAAGAUGAAGAUACUAAAACAACUCCUGCUAAAUUAUCGAAUGUGAAAGCAGAUAAGUCGACUAAUAACAGAGUAUCCAGAAAAAGGUUAUUGGAAGAAGACUCGAUAGAAGUAUCUACGAAUCAGAGAGCAACUAGAAAAGUAUUAUUGAAUAAUAAAGGAGGCAAAAAGAAUCGACGGAUAAGAAAGUAAACAAAGAAUGAAGAUAAUGCAUUAUAAUGUCAGCACUUCAUCAUGCAUUGAAGGUAAAUUUCUACAAUAUCUUUAUCU